ACACAAUGUUUUUCUAAGUUAAAUUGCGCAAAGUAAUAACCACGCUGGCUGUUCAAAGAAAUCUUGAUCAAAUAAGACAUAGCUUGGGAAAAAUGUAUUCUGAAUGAUAUCUUUUGACGAAAAGGUGUACUAUUUAUAGACCACUCGGUGCUCCUUCUAAAGUUGUCUUUCAAAGCGUAACGUCCCCUCUCAGUUUGAAAGAUCUCCUUACUGAAAGCCUGUUUGUAUUGGCUGGAUUGACAUGCCAUUGGAUAUAAUGCGAACCGAGGAAAUUGUAAGGGACAGCAUACAUGAUACAUAAAGGUAAUACAGGUAAUACAUUAAGCGGCAAGCAGAUUCGGUCGACUGUUGCAGUGGCGGACUAUGUGUGCCGACAUUCCUGAGAGAGUAAUGUUGUCGUACUUGUUAUUGAUUGUGCCACGAUAUGCACGAGCAGCUGCAACGACUAGCAACGAAUCUGUGUAGUUGUCCCGUGAGGUGAAUCAUUGAUUCAACGCUGUUUAAAACAUUGAUGCAACUUUGGAGGAAAGUUCUUAGUGAAGUAUAUCAUAGAUGUUUACCCAUUGCGUGAGUCUGAUGUUGGGGUGACGUGGAUCGUGAUGUGUGUAGACUUGGAUCCAACAGAGCGUCAGCGCAGACGGACAACUAAGGAAAAUAACUUACAACUUUCAGAAUGCCAAAGGGACGAGCUGCAUUGACUUGACUUAUCCAUGGAAAAAGGUGAACGCUUAGCUUGUGGUUUAUGAUGUUUAUUACAGACCUAACCAGUUGGUAAAUGUCUUCAAGGAAGUGACAAUGGCGUCUCGGAUCGCCAAGGGCGUGUUCAUGCUCGUUGUAAUGAAUAUGGUGAUGGUUAUUAUCUAUAUUAACCUAUUGGGGUCUGACGUCACUCGGGGGUUGGUAAAGAGCAUACCUAGUCUUACUAAGAGGACAAAAGAAGAAAGACAAACAGUCCCCCUUGUUGAAAGAGCACCAGAUCCAGCAUUAUGUCCCGGUAUCACACGACCCAUGGAUGUCCCGGACGCCCAGAUAUGGCAACAAGUGGGUCUCGGUGACAACGUCUACGUUUUCUCAGCAUUCUACGACGACGUUGGAACGUCUGCUAUCGUUCGGCUUGUCGGCCUGGCUGUCUGGAACAGUGUCCCCCUCAUGUGCCAGCUGUGGUUCAAAGUCACAAAGGAAGUACAACUUACGGAAAUCCAGGCACGUGUGGACAUGCUAAAGGAGAGUCAUGACAGAAGGUACCGAGCCGUGUACAUUAAGUGUGACUUACCAAAAAAGAGACGCCCAUACGCUGUUUCAAUCGUAACGAAGUCAUGCGAAAAACCACUUCAUUUUUUACCGGUGCUGUAUUCUGAGAAGACUUCAAUAGACUUUACAGUGUGCGUGACACCACUCAAUUUCAAAUAUAGCCGAGCCUACGAACUAGUGGAAAUGGUAGAAUUCAAUAAAUUAAUGGGUGCCCGAAAGCUAAUGUUUUAUAAUCACAGCACGGGCAACAAUGUAGAUGCUGUCCUGAAGCACUAUGUUGCGGAAGGAUCUGUAAAAGUAGUGCAGUGGCAUCUUCCAAUGAAGGUAGACACUUGGCCCCCAAGCAAAGAGGUGGAAGUGCACUACUUUGCACAAAUUGCAGCUUUGAAUGAUUGUUUAUAUAGACAUUUGCACAGCUCGAAAUACAUUGUGUUCACGGAUCUAGAUGAAUUUAUAAUUCCAAAAGUAGGCCAGAACUGGUCAUCUUUGGUUCAGAAAAGGUUAUCAGUGAAACCCAACAGUGGUGCUUUCGUUAUAAAAUGUAACUUCUUCAGGAAAGAAUGGCCUAAAUAUUCGGAGAAUUUUACCGGUAGGAGUGACGCUUUGAAAUAUAAAUCCAUCAUAUUAUUGAACGUGUUGAGAGAGAGCACGGCUUAUGAACACUUCACACGUUCAAAGUAUAUCAUCCUGCCUCUCCGGGUGGAGACUGUCGGUGUGCACAAGAUCUGGACGUACCGCCCGGGCUACUCAACGGACAAAGUGGCGAAAACCGAUGCCCUUCUUCACCAUUACAGGGACUUUGAAGCGCCUAAUGAUAAGAAGAAGAGGAUCAGCGAUAAGUACGCCCACCGUUUCAAGGACAAGCUACUGGUACAGCUCAGAUCUACCUGGGCUAAACUUCCCAUGGUGCCUUUGAACAUCCCUUUGUCAAACUACAGCAUGCCCGUGUAGGCAAUGAGCAUUCGUGACCAACUCGUGUUAUUCCGGGACAAGCCGAAUAGCGCGGAAAUGGGCGAGUGGUGACGAAUGGGCAAUGAGAAGAUUGGGCUUUCGGAUGUGUGCAUUCCUUUAUGGGUGUCUAUAUGUAGCGCAAUAUUGUGAUCAUGUAAAAAUCAGUCUAUAAAGUACCACAUUUACGUUC